AUGGCUGCCGUUCAAACAGAGCUUUCCCUGUGCUCACAACCUUGGCAGAGGCCUUUGUUCAUCUACGGGGGGUUGGCAUGCAACUCGUUGAUGGCUGAUUUCUGGUCUGACAGAACUCCUCUCCAUGAAGCCGCCUACCAAGGCAGACUGCUAACCCUGAGAGGCCUCAUCGCUCAGGGCUUCCAUGUAGACACCCUCUCCAUGGACAGAGUGUCUCCUCUCCAUGAAGCGUGCCUCGGUGGCCAUUAUGCUUGUGCCAAGUUUCUGAUUGACAACGGUGCAAAUGUGGAGGCAGUAUCAACAGAUGGCGCCACACCUCUCUUCAACUCUUGCAGCAGCGGGAGUGCUGCUUGUGUUAGGCUCCUUUUGCAGCACAGUGCCUCCACACACACCCCCUACCAGCUGGCAUCACCCAUCCAUGAGGCCGCCAAGAAAGGUCACAGAGAGUGUCUGGAGCUGCUUCUGUCGCAUGGAACUCAUAUCGACUUGGAGUUGCCGGUUGUGGGGACGCCGCUGUUUUCUGCCUGCAUGGCCGGGGCUGCAGAGUCAGUCAGGGUGCUGCUACACUCAGGAGCGGAUGUUCAAAUCGGUUGUGGUCAGGACAGUCCUCUACAUGCUGCAGUUCGAGGUGGAGCAGUCGAUGUUGUGGAUCUUCUGCUGGACUUUGGGGCUGAUAUGUGUUAUCGGAACGCAGAGGGAAAGACUCCUCAAGAUCUGUCAUCACCAAACAGCGCAGUGAGACUAGUAUUUCAGAAAAAAGGUCCCUGCUCUCUGUCUCGGCUCUGUCGCUUCUGCAUUCGUCGAAGUCUGGGAAGGAGUCGUCUCCACAGAGCCUCCGGCCUCUUCCUCCCUCACAGUAUCAAGGACUUCCUCCUUUACCAAUGAGAUGUCUCCAUCCUGCUACUGUGACUCUGUGUGCCACAUACACUUGAGACGUCCUUCACAUUUGUGCCUUCUGUCACUGACAGGAUAGGAAAGUGGAAGAAAGUUAUCCACAUUCAGAGAAUGGGACUUAGUCAAUAUUCUGUAUUUUAUAAUACAGUAGCUUUUAAAUUAUAAUAAUUGUUGUUUACCUAUUACUCAAAUGGAGUACUUUGGGUACCGGCAUUGUAGAUGGUUGUCACUCCCAAGUCGUCAAAUAGCAGCAGACACAGAAGCACAGAGGCACCUGUGACAGUGACAGUAUGAUAAGCAUCAGGUGGCAGCUGUUUUUAAUUCAGUGGAAAAUUACUGUGUUAUAAAAAGCAAGAAAGUCUGUAUAAGGCUUGUGGAUGGGUCAAACAAACACUGGACUUUCACCCGGGAGGCCCCAGUUUGGAUUUAUUGUGAAGUCAAAAGUCAGUUUAGUUAUUUUAAUAUUUGAAUUGCAUGCCACAUGAUGUAGGUCACGUGGCUUUACAAUAUGUGUGUAACAAGCGUACUUAUCUUAAGCCAAACCAUGUUUUUUUCUAACACUGCCCACAGGCUUUUGUUGCCUUAACUUGAGGAAGUAGAACGUGUU